AUCUAAUAGCUAAACAGGGGUGAACGAAGAAGCGAAGAAGCUUGUAGAAGUUGCAGAUUAUUUACAAGUUUCUAGAGUUACUAGUGUACUUCAGGUCCCUGUUGCUGCUUCCAGCAGGGCUUCUGCAAAUGCCCCAUCCUUCAUCUUCAUGUCUAUUUUCGUAUGUAAACACUCGCCAGAAAAACACCCUCUGGGCAUGCUCAGUAGUGCUGUGUUCCGUUCACCUUGUUGUUGCAGCAGGCAACUGGAAAGUCACAUGUCACAACACAGUAAAAAAAGUACACGGGGGAACUAUUCUUAGUCGAGGAAUGUAUACAGCGCCUCAUUGCGGCACCUCAUGAGCCAACCUUCAGAGAGCCGUGACAGUGCCUUGAUACUAAACAAACCCAGAAAUCUCCCCCUAUGAAUCUUUCACCAGCGAAAGAACAAUCUCAAGACGUUAAAUAGCUCUUUAAAAACAACAACAAAUUUUAAAAAAACUCUUCAUAUUCAUGAGCUAGCCAUGGAAAGUUUCAGCAGAGAAUAAACAAGCAAAAGCAGGGAAGGAAAGAAGAUGGACAAUGUUUAAACAGACCAUUCGACUGUGAUCUAUCAAGUCAAGGAGGCUGAUGAACCACCAAUGAGAAUUCUUGUUUGGCCAGUGCUGAUAUCUCUCUGAUUCCACUAUGGAAGAGAAAUGCACACAAGACCGGCUCUUCAAAGAUCAGGAUUUCUCCUCUGAGCUGCUAAAGCAGCUCAAUGUUUUACGGAAGAAUAGAAUCCUAACUGAUGUUGUCCUGUGUACUGGUGACACAGAAAUCCCUUGUCAUAGGAAUGUACUUGCCUCAAGUAGCCCCUACUUCAAGGCAAUGUUCUGCAACAACUUUAAAGAGAGUGGCCAGGAAAAAGUCAGCCUCAGAGACAUCGACUCAAACAUUCUUCAUUGCAUCAUUGUCUAUGUUUACACAGGAGAGAUUCUAAUGACGGUGGAGAAUAUUUUGUAUCUAAUGGAAACUGCUUCCAUGCUCCAGUACAUGAAGCUAUUUGAGGCCUGUUCAGCCUACCUCCAGGACCAACUUGCUCCGGAUAACUGCCUCGGUCUGAUUCGGCUCUCGGAGAUCUUGCACUGCGAUAAACUCAAGAAGAAAGCCAAAGCAAUGGCUCUGAAGUGUUUUCCUGAAGUAGCCAUCUCCGAAGACCUGAAAGAACUCUGUGCUUUGGAGUUGAUAGACUAUCUUGGAGAUGAUGAGCUUUGUGGAGAGGAGGAACAAGUUUUUGAAGCUCUCAUGGUUUGGGUGAGGCAUGAUCCCCAGGCACGGCAAAGCUAUAUUCAAGACUUGUUCAAGAAAGUAAGGCUUCAGUACGUCCAUCCAACAUUUUUCUUCCACUUCAUUGCCAAUGAUUCUCUCAUUCAGUCAUCCCCAGCAUGUAGAAAUAUCCUGGAACUGGCCCAAAAGCAGAUGUUUUCUCUGUAUAGCACCAGUGCUCCAGAUAUCAAACCUAUGUGGCACGUUCCUCGGCGAUAUUCAUGUCGGGAAUUCCUCCUCCUGGUUGGUGGCCGGAAAGACAACCAACAGACAACGAGAGACGUCUUGCUGUAUGAUGAGAAGACAAACCAAUGGUUGAGCCUUGCCAAAUACCCAACACGGCUUUACAAGGCCUCUGUAGUGAGCGUCCACAGUAAUGUUUAUCUCCUUGGAGGUAUUCCCAUUGGCAAUGGGAAGAACCAAGUCAGCGACAAUGUUUAUAUCUUCUCACUCAAACUUAACCAGUGGAGGCUAGUUGAGCCCAUGUUAGUUCGGCGCUAUUCCCACAGGAGCAUUGCCUAUAAAAACUAUAUCUUUGCCAUUGGAGGCAUUGGAGAAAACCAGGAGAUCCUAAAUUCCAUGGAAAGAUAUGACAGUAUCUACAAUGUUUGGGAGCACAUGGCAAACAUGCCUGUUGCCGUUCUUCAUCCUGCUGUGUCUUCCAAAGACCAAAGAAUCUAUCUCUUUGGAGGGGAAGACACGAUGCAAAACCCUGUCCGGCUAAUACAGGUAUAUCAUGUGUCAAGGAACAUGUGGUUCCGGAUGGAGACCAGAAUGGUGAAGAACGUCUGCGCACCAGCAGUUGUGAUUGGAGACCGGAUUUUUAUUGUUGGAGGGUACACCAGACGAGUGAUUGCUUAUGAUACCAAGGCUAAUAAAUUUGUCAAAUGUGCAGACAUGAAGGACAGGCGGAUGCAUCACGGCGCUGCGGCGAUAAAUGAGAAGCUGUAUCUGACCGGAGGUCGCUGCCUUACCAUUGACAAUGAAAUCAAAGACUCCGAUUCACUCGAGUGCUACGACCCCAAGACAGACACCUGGGCUUCAAAGGGGCACUUGCCCCACAGACUCUUUGACCAUGGGUGUCUGGCCCUCCAAUGUGUGCCUUAUGCCAACCUCUUGUGAGAGGAGGGCUGAAGGAAACGGGCAUUGUCCUCUUCAACUUGGAAGGCCCAUGGUGCUCUCUGCGUGGAGAAGGGUGGUAAACUCUUGCCAGGAAAACCACCAAAACGGACAAACAAAUAAGGGGGAGACCUUAGGGUUUCAGUUCCUGGUUCGGACUCCCAUGCCCCACUAUAUCUUGUGGUAAAAGUGACAUAGUGCCAGCUUUUGAGUGUGAUGAAAGGUCUGUUGUGCAAUUUUAUAAUGUUCGGAGCUUCUUGUGGUUGGCUGGUUUACCAUGAGGGAUAUAAUUUGGAUUAUUUUUGGGGGGGGGCCUUAAACACCAAAAUGUCCCAUCUCCUCUUUCCUGCCCUCUGAGGGACUUUCCUCACAGCCUCAACAGACCCUUGAGGGAAGUUGUGACAGAUCAAGAUCAAGCAUUGGCUUCUAACAGGUCUUCCAAGCAACCCCAUCCAGGCAAUGGUGACUGUUGAUUCUUCUUUUACGGUUUUCAUGUGUAUAUCUAAAGUGUUCACUGCUCCUGCUUUCUUAGGAACUGUCUCCCUUGACAAUUAAAGAAUCUGUCCAAUUCUAUGGCGCCUCAUAAAAGUAGCAAUGGAUUGUGGGAAGGCUCCACACAAGGUGAGCCUGUUUGGCAGGGCUUAGUAGCACCCAGAAGUAAGGCAUUAUGGUUGGAUGACUGCGAACCAUGGAUGAACUCCAAAGCAGAAGAAGGUGCCAGUGAGCCAUGGCAUGAAACACAGAAAGAGGCUGCCUCAUGCUGAGUCAGACCGUUGGCCUAUAUAACUUAGCAUUUUCUACACUGACUGGCAGCAGUUCUCCAGUGUUUCAGGAAGUCUUACCAGAAGAUGCUGAGGAUUGAACCUCCUACUUUCUGCAUGCAAAGCAGAUGCUCUGCUACUGAGCUUCAGCCCUUCCCCAAAGUAGGAAGCAGGCCCCAGGUGGGAAUGGGAUGAUAGCUUGAGAUCAGCCUCAAAAAAAAUGGCAGAAGGUCACCUAAGCUUAGAGAAAUGAAGUCGGAGGGUGUCAGGAACAAGAUGAAGAAGAAGAAGAAGAAGAAGAAGAAGAAGAAGAAGAAGAAGAAGAAGAAGAAGAAGAAGAAGAAGAAGAAGAAGAAGAAGAAGAGUUUGGAUUUGAUAUCCCGCUUUAUCACUACCCGAAGGAGUCUCAAAGCGGCUAACAUUCUCCUUUCCCUUCCUCCCCCACAACAAACACUCUGUGAGGUGAGUGAGGCUGAGAGACUUCAGAGAAGUGUGACUAGCCCAAGGUCACCCAGCAGCAUGUGGAGGAGUGGAGACACAAACCCGGUUCACCAGAUUACGAGUCUGCCGCUCUUAACCACUACACCACACUGGCUCUCAAGUUGGGAUAUGCUGUCACAUCAGGGACUCAUUAACCCCACGGAAGGCAUUUCAGUCUCCUUCCCAUUCUAUUUCCUCACACUUCUCUCUCUAUCUGUCCUGUGAAACCUUUUGUGCAUUGUUCCAAGAUGUUCACUGUAAUCCUCGCCAGGAGCUUUUGGCAGCAGCGGGGGGUGGGGGUUUAUGCCUGCUUUCUUUUAACUUCAGGAGUGAGGAUGGUUCCAAGGGCAGCGUUUUGCUCUUUGUAUUAUUUUAAUGCAUUUCUCAUUCCCUUUUGAUUAAACAGACCUGACAAGACUAUCAAAGAAACCGGUGCAAAGAUAGAUAAAUAAGUGCCCCAGCUUUGCCUGUUCCCCUCUCUCCUCGUCUGGUUUCAAAAUCCACCCGGUUCAACAGAAAGGGAUUCGUGUGCCACACCACUUUUUUUUAUUUAUUUGGGGUUUUUUUUGAAGAAAAAUAAGUAUGAAUGGGGCAGUCAGCUGAUCUGUCACUAUUGCUUAGCAUUCAGUUCCUCGAGGACGAAGUUCUAGCCUGUCAAGAUGUUAUGGGUGGUUUUGCACUCAACCCCUUGAGGGCUUUGGAGGUGCAGAGGGCACAAUUGGCCCCUGCCCACAUGAAGCCUCUGGAUUGGCCAGACCUGGUAUAAAUAUACAGGGGUGCAGCAUGGCCGGGGGGGGGGCAUCCAGGGCAAUUGCCCUGGACCAAAAAAACUUAGGGACUCGACUCUUCAGCUCUGUCCUGCAGCAGCAGCACCACAUCAAGGUGCCAGUUAGGAGUGAAAUACUUUCCUUAAGGGGCACAAUACUUUCCUUGCCCUGGGCGAUGGCAACACAUGCUACACACACACACACACACACACACACACACACACACACACACACACCCUAUCUAUAGUAACGGUAUAGUACCUUUCUAUGCAUAAAGCUCAGUCUUUGCCAUGAAGAACAUGACCUCCAGGCCUGGAUCAGAGAGAGAGAGAGAGAGAGAGAGAGAGAGAGAGAGGUGGAUUGAAAUGAAAUGGUUACACUGAUACUUCCUAAUAGUUUAACUGUGAAUUUUGUUGUUUGUUUUAAAGCUCUUUUAUUGUACAUCACCUUGGGAAGGUAUUUUUAUUUCUACAGUAUUUUAAAAGGCAACCAAGAAGUUCCUUAAAAAUAGAAAAAAGAAAAGAUUCUGCAGAUGAAACCGGGGACCUACUUUGCAUUCUAGCAUGCCUGUUCCUAAACCAAAGACCACUGCUUGAGCUGCAUUUCUGAAAACUCCAAUUUGUCUGUCGUAUUAUUAUAUUAUAUUAUAUUAUAUUAUAUUAUAUUAUAUUAUAUUAUGCAAUCAUUUCUUCAUUUAUUGAAAAGCCAGAUAGGAGUGAGGGCAAGCAGGGAAAGAGAUCACUGACUGAGGCUGCAAUCCUGUUCCCAUUUAAUUUCUGGGAAUAAGUUCCACUGCCUCUCCUGUGGACUAACAUAGGCAGAAGAAACUGUGCAAACUUUAUUCUGUGGGAAGGCAGUGCUUGGGAAACUGGCCAGGCAAAUGACAGGCUAGGAAACCUUGCCAGCAGUUUGAGGCAAACCGCCUCUGUCCUUUGAUUCAUAUACAAGCCAGGGCCAGAACUUGUGGAAAGCCAUUAAAGGUAAAGCAAAAAGGGUUCUGGGAAAAGAUGCUCAAAAUAUGAGAAUAAGGCAGACUAGAAUCCUACACCAGAAUAGGCCACGGGCAUUACUGGCAAAUGGGCGCUGUGAGGGAUCAUGUCAAUAUCAAGCAACGCUAGGGGAGGGACAGAAAGGUAACUCUGUUCACAUUUAAAACCAAACCUCUGCACUUCCUGAAACUGUACGUGAACUGAAAAACAGCCAUCCUUUGAAAUUUGCACUUUGAAAUCUGAAAGUUUGGCAGUGCAGUUCUCCGGCCCCAGUAAUGUGUACCAAAAUACUAGGGUAAAAUGCGCACCAAAAUGCAUGUUUUGGUGAAUGUUACAUACAAAAAUGCAUUAUAUUAGCUGGAAAAAUGCUUUGCAAAAAUGUGCAUUUUAGGCAAGAAAUGCAUACAAAAAUGUACAUAUUGGGCACUAAAAUGCUGUUUGUUUUGUUUUGUUUUGUUUUGUUUUGAAUGCAAACUAAGAAUUGAACUUAAGGUUGGACAAAUGAGAAACUGAGAGAAACUAAAACUGGCAGAUUCACCCAUUACUAGUACCUACCUAGUGGGUGCUUAGAAGUGGGGGGCAGGGAAGCAGUGGACUUAAUCAGGCCAGCUUGGGUGCCAAAUUAGACCCAUUCUCCCUUAGCCACCUCCACUGAGUGGGAAGAAAUGGGUGGGGAGAAACACAGCUGCGUUGUGUUGUUAUGACACAUGUCUACAGGGCCCUGAAAACAUUUAAAAGCACAGCGAGUGUUAUGCUGUUGGGUAUGGGAAUAUUUACCAGCCGAGGCUCAAGUUCCAAGAGGCUAAGUAACAAACAUCAUGGGAUAUAGCUGCUGCAACCCGAAGGAGUGCAAGUGAAAUAAGAGCAUCUGUCUUAACCCCACAAGCCAGGAUGAGCCAAGUGUAGCCAAGAAAUCAAGGGUAACAUCCCCAGUGAAAUGUGCUUAGUUUAGACGGAUGGGGAAAAUAUGCCUGCUACUUGAAUUUGUCCCUUUGUCAAACCCUAGAACAGUGUUUCUCAAACUUGGGUCCCCAGCUGCCAUUGGUCAUCUGGUCCAACUCCCUGCAAUGCAGGAAUCUCAGCUAAAGCAUCCAUGACAGAUGGCCAUCCAACCUCUGUUUAAAAACCUCCAAGGAAGGAGAGUCCACCACCUCCUGAGGUUGAAGCCCUGACCAGGAGCCCUCAUGUUAGGAGUAUGCUGCAACAUUUUGUUGUUUGCAGUGGGACAGUAGAUAACAGCUGGUAUCAAAAAGUAUUGGUGCUUUGGCCAGGGAUCAGACAGUAAAGCCUGGGUGGGUGCAGGUAGGCAAGCAAAUGGGCAGUUAUUUGUUAGAACAUUGCUUUUCCUGAACUAAGCAUCAAUUUUAUAGAAUCACUAGCUGGCCCGGCCAUGCAUUGCUGUGGCUCAUCCGUGUGAUUUACCCCCACCCUGUCCCGACCCAUGACGUAUCAUGCCCCCUCUUCUCCCCACCCCCCAGCUCAUCCCUGUGACUGGUCCCACCAUGUCCUAACCUAUCCCGUCGCCUCCCCCCCCCAACCCCCACCCAGGCAACUCAGUACCUCCAUUCGGCCUAGUCUAUAAAGGCUUCGGCCUAGUAUGUAAACGGGAGCCGAGGUGCUGUUGAGAGGGAAGGUUUUAUAAGUGCAGUACCAGUGUAGCCACUGCUAGAGGGUGCUGGUUUGCAACCU